CAACUCAAAACUUGGCAAAAGGCCUCGGCAAUGCAAAAUUGACUUGACUGUUCCGAGCACAAUAAGCUGUUUAGCCCAACACUAUUCAAUUAAGCCACCAACACCAACACGUUUUACCGUCUAACUCGUUCCUCAUCGAGUUAUUCAUUCAUUCUAGACUCCUUCGAAUCUCCUCAUUUUCUCUGCGUUGUUCCAACGAAGGCUGAUCAUGUCGUUUUUCCGAGGCAUUUCAACUCUCUCGAAGCUACGUUCUCGAGUUGGCCAACAAUCAAGUCUAAGUGGUUCUGUGAGAUGGAUUCAGAUGCAAAGUUCAUCUAGCCUUGACCUUCGUUCCGAGUUACAAGAAUUGAUUCCUGAACAACAGGAACGGUUGAAGAAGAUAAAGAAAGAAAAUGGAAGUGUGCAGCUUGGGAACAUUACUGUCGACAUGGUAUUGGGAGGAAUGAGAGGAAUGACUGGUUUACUUUGGGAAACUUCCUUACUUGACCCAGAAGAGGGAAUUCGAUUUAGGGGUUAUUCUAUACCCGAGUGUCAGAAACUAUUACCUGCUGCAAGUCCUGGUGGAGAGCCAUUGCCUGAAAGUCUUCUUUGGCUUCUUUUAACUGGAAAGGUUCCAAGCAAAGAGCAAGUAGAUGCUUUAUCAGCAGAAUUGCGGGAACGUGCUUCGAUCCCAGACCAUGUGUACAAAACAAUUGAUGCCCUUCCAAUAACUGCUCACCCGAUGACUCAGUUUACUACUGGUGUUAUGGCCCUUCAGGUUCAAAGCGAAUUUCAGAAGGCAUAUGAGAAAGGGAUCCACAAAUCAAAGUUUUGGGAGCCAACAUAUGAGGAUUGCCUUACUUUGAUUGCUCAAGUUCCUGUUGUUGCAGCUUAUAUUUAUCGUAGGAUGUAUAAGAAUGGAGAAAUUAUACCAAAGGAUGACUCCCUUGAUUAUGGUGCAAAUUUUGCACAUAUGUUGGGAUUUGAUAGCUCUCAGAUGCUUGAGCUGAUGCGGCUUUAUGUCACAAUUCACAGUGAUCACGAAGGUGGAAAUGUUAGCGCUCACACUGGCCAUUUGGUGGGUAGCGCACUUUCGGAUCCUUAUCUAUCAUUUGCAGCUGCAUUGAAUGGGUUAGCUGGCCCACUCCACGGAUUAGCCAACCAGGAAGUGCUGCUGUGGAUUAAGUCGGUUGUUGAUGAAUGUGGAGAGAACAUCUCGACUGAGCAGUUGAAAGAUUAUGUUUGGAAGACACUAAACAGUGGCAAGGUGGUACCUGGAUAUGGUCAUGGAGUUCUGCGAAAGACAGAUCCAAGAUACACAUGUCAGAGAGAAUUCGCAUUGAAGCACAUGCCUCACGACCCACUUUUCCAAUUGGUGUCAAAGUUGUACGAAGUGGUGCCUCCUAUUCUAACAGAACUUGGAAAGGUUAAGAAUCCAUGGCCGAAUGUUGACGCUCAUAGUGGAGUUUUGCUGAACCACUAUGGUUUGACGGAAGCAAGGUACUAUACAGUUUUAUUUGGAGUAUCAAGAAGUCUUGGCAUUUGCUCACAGCUAAUAUGGGACCGAGCUCUUGGCUUACCACUAGAGAGGCCAAAGAGUGUGACUAUGGAAUGGCUUGAAAAGUUUUGUAAGAAGGGAGCAUAAUACUGAUGGCAUUAUAGCUUGUUAUUAUUCUUGACGAGUUUACAGUAAUUCUUUUCAACGGGCAAAAUAUUCCUUUUUGGAAAUAAAAAGAUAGCGAGGAAUUUAGUAGUCUCUAUCUCUUGCAACAGAUGUUACAUUUUGUAUCUUUUUACAUUUACAGUUUGUAGGAUCAUUGAAAAGUAUGAGAGAGUUGAGUGCAAGCAAUACAUAGAGGAAUUGAGCCUUAACACCUGAUAGAGUCAUUGUAUGUGAGUCACCUUGUAUGUAGAGAGCAUUGGUUCAAAACGAUGCAACAUUUUUCCGUUAAGCUGGUUGUGAUUUAGCUCGAAGGUUUGAUAUGAAGUUAUUUUUUAAUGCUGUGAAAUACGAGUUGUGUAGCCUCCCAAAAAGGAUGGAUCAAGGGUCAUGUUUCGUUAACAUCUCUUGAGUUUUCUUGGAACUAUGAUUUUACCCCUAUGAAUGUUGGAUCUUAUUACAAUCUGAAAAUGUUGUUUGACUC